AUGACGAGUAUCUACACUGCAGACAUUAGAAACCAUCGUCGUGCACCUCCUCCGCCUACUCAGGCGUCGGCUAACGAUUUGGCGGCAGGUGGUCUGACGCAGUUCAACGGCUCUCACGUAGCAUCGAAUAGUAAUGGAAGCUCGGGGUCCAAUAAGAGUAUCCAAUUGAACAUCAACUCGAAGAAGCGCCAGUUUGGCUGGGUUCAUCUCAAGGAUGAUGGAAUAUUUACUUCAUUUCGUUGGAAUAGACGGUUCAUGGUGAUCAACGACAAGACGCUCAAUUUCUACAAGAAUGAACCUCCGGCGCCAUCUAACCUGUACUCGGCUGAUCAGGCUACUAUGGCAUCAAAUACGCCAGAUAUGUCAUUUCCCUUGAAUUUGGUGAGUGCCAUAAACUUGAAACCAAACUCGGGUUAUAGCAAAACGUCUCACACGUUUGAAAUUGUGCCCAAGAACAAUGGACGGUCGAUGUUUAUUUCGGUCAAAUCUAACAACGACUAUAUGGAUUGGCUUGAUGCAUUCACCACUAAAUGUCCUCUUAUCAACAUCGGCAAUGCAAACGCAACAAACAUGUUGAGCGGCAACGCGGGUGUUUCAAACCCUAUCAAUUUCACUCACAAGGUUCAUGUUGGGUUCGAUCCAGCAAGUGGUAACUUCACCGGACUUCCUGAUACAUGGAAAAACUUGUUACAACAUUCCAAAAUUACCAACGAAGAUUGGAAGAAAGACCCGGUUGCAGUUAUCGAGGUGUUGGAAUUCUACUCUGACAUCAAUGGCGGAAACUCCUCCACGUCCACCCCCGUUGGUCUGCCAGCGGUCAACAAUAUGGCCAACGAACUGAAAAUGAACGCUAACUUGCAAGAGUGGACAAAGCAUCCCACUAAAAAUCAACAUGAACAUCAGUUCAAUCCUACGAGGGCCGCCCCAAGACCACCACCCUCGACCACCCAGAAGUCGAGCUCAAAUAUAUCUCCUUUGAAUAAUUUGUUGAACAACUCGCAUCUGGCCGCUAACACACAGGUAACUGGCGAUUUGGUACCUGCAAGAAGGGCUCCACCUCCACCCCUGGCAAAUAAUGAAUCCACCCAUGCUCCAACCCAGCGUCUGAAACCAUUUAAUUCAAAUCAGCCUACUGGAUUAGGCUUAUCAUCGGCGAACACCACCACCAUCCCCAAACAAAGUCCUCCUUCAUUGCCCAAGCAUCAAACAGUAGACUCAAAGCCUGCUCAAUUACCUUACCCCAAAAAAUACCCAGAAAAUGAUGAUGGUCAUGAAUAUGUUAAGCCCUUUGCAACAACGAGCAAGUUACAAUUGGGUACGCGCAAUGAAGAGCCGAAGGAAAUCAAGAAACCUGUGGCUCAAGAUGCCAUUAAGCCGUUACGUAUUGCACCAAAGGCUCAACAAGCUACCAGCGGCAAAACGUCGUCGCCAGCCAUUGGCCCUGCGCCUGUGAAAACAGCUAAACAGCUCAAACGUGAAAGAGAAAAACUUAACGAGAUGCAAAUUAUUGCCAAGCUUAAGACUGUUGUCAACAACAAUGACCCUACCCCAUUAUUUAAAAUCAUAGAGAAGGCUGGUCAAGGUGCAUCCGGAGCAGUCUACUUGGCUGAAUCUUUGGCCAAAGGUGGAAGUAAAGUUGCGAUCAAGCAAAUGGACUUGAACCUUCAACCAAGAAAAGAACUCAUCAUAAAUGAGAUCUUAGUCAUGAAGGAUUCCCAACAUAAAAACAUUGUGAAUUUCUUAGAUUCUUACUUACGCGGAACAUCCGACUUAUGGGUGAUUAUGGAGUACAUGGAAGGUGGAUCGCUAACUGAAGUCAUCGAAAAUAACGAUUGUCGCUUAUCAGAAAAGCAAAUCUCCAUUAUAUGUUUCGAGACAUUGAAAGGUCUACAACAUUUGCACAAAAAGCACAUUAUUCACAGGGAUAUUAAGUCGGACAAUGUAUUGUUGGAUGCCAAAGGUAAUGUCAAAAUUACAGAUUUUGGUUUCUGUGCCAAAUUGACGGAUCAGAGGAAUAAGCGUGCAACAAUGGUAGGCACUCCGUACUGGAUGGCGCCAGAGGUUGUCAAGCAGAAAGAAUACGAUGAAAAAGUUGACGUAUGGUCUCUUGGUAUCAUGACGAUUGAGAUGAUUGAGGGAGAACCUCCAUACUUGAACGAAGAGCCUUUGAAAGCUUUGUACUUGAUUGCUACCAAUGGUACGCCCAAGUUAAAGAAGCCUGAGCUUCUUUCCAACUCGAUCAAGAAGUUUUUGUCAAUUUGUUUGUGCGUUGAUGUUAAAUACAGAGCGCUGACGGACGAGUUGAUUCAGCAUUCGUUUAUUCAACACAAAGCAGGCAAAGUCGACGAACUUGCACCAUUGCUCGAAUGGAAGAGGAAUAUCUCUCGCGAAUGA